AGACGCCAUAUUUGCGGCGUCUGCCAGUUUACAGCGUUUAUAGAUUUCGUGCCAAUUUAUUGUGUUCAUCAUGGCGUCCACGGAAUCUCUUGUCUGCGAUACCUUGGAUCUGAGUGGACAAGGACUAAAGAAAUUGAGCAGAUGUCCAUCGGAUGCAGACAUCAAUACCCUAAUUGUUGACGAUAAUGAAAUACAGCGUUUGGAUAAUCUUGACUCAUACAACAAAAUUACCAAGCUAUCGAUCGUAAGAAACCAGUUAUUACGAAUGUAUGGAGUUUCCAAGCUACACAAUCUUGUAACACUGAAUCUGGCAAAUAAUGGCAUUCUCACUAUAGAGGGCAUUAAGGACAUGAGCAAUUUACAAACUCUCUGCCUCGCUGGUAAUAAUAUAAAGUCCAUCGAACAUUUACACACGAACACAAAAUUGGAGCAUCUGGAUUUGUCAGAGAACAGUAUUAGUCAUCUAUCAGACAUCUCGUACCUACGAUGUUUAAAGGAAUUAUUUUUGCACAAUAAUCGUAUAGUAACGUUGCGACAGUGCGAACGUUAUUUACCUGGAUGUUUAGAAACUUUGACAUUGGCUAACAAUAAUAUAACGGAUUUGAAUGAGAUGUCGCACUUGGCUAAUUUAACAAAUUUAGUCAAUUUUUCAAUUGCUAACAACCCUUGUGUCAGUAUGACAGGUAACAGUAUUGGAUUUGACUAUCGUCCAUUUGUUAUCAAUUGGUGUAUGAGUCUGAAAUCAAUUGACGGCUAUGCUGUGGAUCCAAUUGAGAGCCUGAAAGCAGAGUGGCUUUAUUCACAGGGGCGUGGCAGGCAGUUUCGGGUUGGUGAGCAUACACUACUCUCACAUUACCUUGCUUCAGUCUGUCCUCUGUCGGGUGAGUCCCUUGAAAAUGAAGCAGACCGUAAACUCCGAUUGAUUCUAAGUAAAGCGCAGCAUCAUCAGCAACAGUUGAACCAACAAAGUGACUCUGGUAGUGUGCACAGUUUGAGUAGCGUUGGUAUGAGUCCAUCACCAGCAGCUAGACGCAGACUUAACACAAACAGGACAAGCUCGCCAAGACGACCUGUUGCACCCAUGUUGUCUUAUUACGAAGAAAAGACCAUACAAUCACCAAAAUAUUACGAUGCAAAAUUUUGUGCCUGCUAUUCACCUUGCAAAGGCUCGUCACGAAAAUCUAUGAGAAUAAGAUCGCCAGAUCAAAUAUUAGCUGGUUGUCACCCUGAUGCUAUGGUAUCAUCUUGCCAUGCUCCUAAUUCUACAUCUAACAGUGGUCACACGCUUCUUGGAGGAGAUGACGUACUGAUGACGCAAAGUCUGGACCCUAGUUUGCUUAGCAAUAGCCUGAGCCACAAAAUGACACAUAACAACGAAUCUUCACUGCAGGUCGAAGAAACCUCCAGUCCUUUGCAAGCAGCAACAAAAUUGUUACCGGUACCAGAAUCGCUGAUGAGUCCAGAUUUCAGACCUCCGUCAGGUCUUUCACGUAUUUUACCAAAAACGCCUCCUAGCAAAUUGAAUUCCCCAAUUCAAACUACAAUUCCUGUGAAACCCUGUCCGGACAAUGCAGGGAAAGCUGUAUCCACUGCUUUUACGCCUAAUCCAAUGGCCAAAACAAAUGUGGGAGUCCUUAAAACCAAUGCUUUAGUAAAGAGUAACUCUGCAACAAAUUGCAACAUUGGAAAAUCUAACAUUUCAAAGCCCGUUAUUACUAAUACCAAUGGAAAAUGUCCACACAGUGUUAAAAUAAAUAAUUACGUUCAAAGUAAAACAUUACCGAUCAAAAGGAAUAAUAAAAGCUCACCAAACUUAGGCCGAAGUAUUAAUAGGCCAAAAAGCGCUACGGAAAGGGGGAGACCUACUUCAGGUAGGCGAAGUAAGGACGGUGACGGUGAUAACAACAUAACGAUGAGUAGCGACGAAGACAGCGAAGUCUGUCAGGCAAAGCUGGAUGGAAUUCGGCACCGAGCAAAUCAACGGCGUCAAGAGGACACCAAUAAGGAUGAUCAAACAGAGAAAGCAGCUAUUUGCAUACAAAGACUGUGGCGAGGGUACCGUACCCGAAAUCUGAAUAAAAAAGCAACCAAUAUAUUAAAAAAUAUUGAAAUGAUGAGAACAAACAAAUACAUUCAAAAAUUAUCGACCGACAUGGAGGCAACGAGAACAGCUUUAGAAAGCGAGCAUAAGUUGCAAUUAUUACAAAUGCAAGCUAUAAAUGCACUUUGGAAAAAAAUAGUCAGUCUUCAGCCAGGAUCGAACACUGGUGGAGAUGUUGAAGGAACGUCACACGCUAACUCAGUUGUGGUUAAUAACCUUGCCCAGACGUGUACUUUGCUGCACUCACAAGUACAACAAUUGCAAGACUCCAUGUCAGAAAUAAAACGCUGUAUGUCUAACAUGCAACCAAAACCCACAACGUUGGACAACGGUGUUGCAACGCAAACUGAAAUAUCAGCGGUUCACACUCCAGCUGGCGAAGCCAAUACGUUUCCAUAUUCACGUGCAAGCAGGCCUCAAUCAUUGUCAAUUCAUCAGACUAUACACGAAGGAAAUGAAAAUAAAAGUUUCGCAUCAAAUUUAGUAGAUAGUGUUUUGAAAAAGGUUUCGCAAUCGACAGAUACAACGGACGAUGAAGUAAACACAGACAUUUUAAAUUCCAACGAAAAUCCGGAAUUGCUAAAUUCUAAUGAAAAUCCUGAUGUGUUUAAAAGCUGUGAAGAGAUUAUGGAAGGUGAAUAUAAAGAUGUAGAUGGAGAAGUGGAGAUCGAAUAUAAAGACGUCAUCGAGGACGCAGCUAUAGAUGGUGAGGUUUGCGAAGAGACUCUUUGCAAAGAAUUACAUAGUUUAAUUAAAACGGAAAAUAGAAGGGAAAGCGACGCCGAUAGUGAAAAGGAAAAAGAUUCCAAAGAGCGUGAUGUCAGCUUAAAUCAGGAUGAUGAAUAAGUUCUAAUGCAUGUGUCGAUAGCAUAAUUCAUAACUCACCACCUGGAGGUAAUAUAAGUGAAAGUCUUGCGAAAAUAACUAUUGACAACUUAACAUGGUACAAAUUUUAAUGAUAAUUUGUGCCAAAUACAAAAAAGAAAAAGAGCACAAUAGUACUACAAUAUAAUCACAUACAUUGCUUUUUAUAGGGUAAAUUAAAACUAUUUCAGUAUCAUGUCAUCAAUCAUCGAUGCGAUGAAUGGCAAAAAACGGCAGCUACCUAUUUGCAGAUUUUUUAACGGAAAAAAUACCUAUAUUUCAUGCUCGUACGGAAAAAUGCUCACAUGUUCAUAAUAAGUAGGUAUAUCUAUACAUACCAAAAGUAACUUUACCAAAGAGAAAACGAUAUUAUUAAUGUAAUCCAGAUUUAAAAUCUAAGAAAAUUGGUAGUGGAUUCAUUUUUUAAACAUUCACUUAUUGGCAUAUCCAAACGUCUGGACUACAUUCGAUUGUUUACAAAACGAUAGGUUAUUUUAAUUUUAGUUAAUGCACUGAACAUAACAUUUAAUCAAUUCUUCAUCGUCCUCCUAAACAUUUGGUAGAAUAAUUCAACAUUAUCAUAUCACUCAGUUUCCAAAGUUAUGAACAUUUCCUUGAGGGUGAAUUAGAUUCAGUUACUUUUACUGGCACUAAUUACCGAUUGCAUACGUUGUUGGACCUUACAAAUAACAUGAGUUUAAAAUAUGAAUAUUAUCAGUCAACAUUAUCAACUCAAAUAACUUCUCCGCCAUUACUAUCAGAUCAAAAAUUACUCCGUACCAAGAGGUUUGAGCUAGUAAUGCAAAGAACGUGUCAUUUAAAAAUCAAAUCUCAGUUAUUGUUCUAAGAUGCUGUCAUAAUAAUAAUAUUUUAUUUCCUUAUUAAAAAAUAAUAAUAGACGCCUAUCAAUACUCAGUAUUUUGUUCAAUAGUGACUGUUAUGUCAUAACUCCACCAUAGUAAAUGGGUUUCCAAUUUCGUUUCAGAUUACAGAAAAUCAUGAGUAGUUAGAACAAUGGGAUGUACAAUUUAAUUAUCCCAAAGUUGUAAAUAUUUCUGGGUAUGUUCAGGCAGACUGUAUUUUGCAACCAUAAUGAAAUACAUUUUUUCUCCAAGUUGCGAAAAUAUGGUUUAUAAGUAGUAAAAGCUUACUCUGUUAAAUGUACAUUCUCAGUCACUCAUAAAUCGGAAAUGCUUCUGUAUUAAUUGUAAGAUGUAUAAUGUAUCUUAGAUCUUCGACAACGCUUUCAACACUUACAUGACUAAGUUCCUCUCCAGCUGAACGAUAAAACCCGUUUUCCCGAUUGAAUUUACUCUUCUAACAUUACGUAGAGCACAAAGCUUUUCCAUUCUUCUUGCUUCCUGUUUUCUCUUUUUUAAUACAUCUGCAUCUGAUCAACUCCUGAUUAGUCUUCCCAUCGCUUUUGUAAAAUGAAAAAGUUCCGUAAUCGCGGAAAUAUGAUCCAUGCUGCAGCACAUAUAUUGUAAAUGUAAAAGUAACUAAGACCACAGACCAGAAAGGUCAGAUUCAGGAUUCGAUAAAUAAAAUCCAAUAUUUAUACAUAAUACGUAAAGUAGAAGAAAGAAAUGAAACAGCAAUCCAAUAUUUAUAUAUAAUACGUAAAGCAGAAGAAAGAACUGAAAAAGCAACCCAACAUUACAUGAUUACUUUGAAACUCGAGAACUCUACGAUGUGUAUUUUUUAUUGUGAUUUGUGAUGAGAGAGAGGAACUUUCUCAAAGUGGUGAUGUUGAGUGGUUUGCUCCGGAUGUUAGGAGUCUGAUCUUUAUGAAAAUGUCUAUUACUAUAAGAGAUAAAUUUUCGUCAGAUUUAAAAGUUUAUCAAUUUGUGCAUGAAAUAUUAUUUUAAUUUAAAGAAUGCUGUCUAGCCACCACAAUGGCAGCCUUUCCUGAUGCUCACCGUAUACAAUCAUAUCGUUAUUUUUAACAAUAGUAAUAUUCUUGGGUUACAUCUUGUUGUUGAAGGACGUAUGUGGGUCACAUUUGUCAUCAAAUUUGCAAUCUUUGAAUCGAUUUUUCAAAGAGACAAAAAUUCCAAGUACCUGUGCUAUCGCGUGAUCUCAGAGAUGCAGUAGAUCCAUCCUUCAGCCUCGAUUCAAGACCAAGCCAAACUAAAUCGUACCAUCAGCACGUCAAAUUAUCUUGUUGAAAGCUAGAGCAAAGGCACUGCAUGGCAAGUUGUUCCCUCGUCAUUAACUGUUCUUUGCACACACCUAAAGUCAGAAUGUUCAGCCAAUCAUAAAUAGAAUCGAGUGGAAAGAGCCAAUAAAAUGGUAAAUACCCCGUCUCCUUAAUCUAUCCUUUUACUUUGUGUAGAAUAAUAUUAACAGUAAGUUUACCUUCAGAUAAUCGGGGUAAGUCGAUCGAGUUAAACGAUUUCAGUAGAUGAAAAACAACCCUAAUUAUAUAAAGGUAAAGAUGAUAGUUCUAAAGGAAACUACCGACACUUCGUACAAGAUCGGUAGUGACUUUAUAAACUUAAGGCAAAACAUUCUGAUAAUUUCAGAUCUGCGCAAAAUUUUCUUGCGAUCAAUUGUAUUCCGAAGUUAUCCUUCGAUCUAGUCAAUAUUUUAGCUCCAAGCUUUAACGUACAUAAUAAUAAUCUUAUUAGAGUUGUUACAUAGCUACUGUUUGUUGUGACAAAGGCUGCGAUUCGAAUCAAGUAGUGCUGUGCAUUUUUAUUAGUUAUGCAUAGCUACGCCUCUAUUUUAUAUUUUUAGUACUAACCUAUGCUGUUAUAAUUACGAAUUAAAAUUUAGUGUAAGAAUAUCGAUUAAAAGUAUUCAUAAUUGCAUUCUACUUUACUAGUUCCUACUUCACACCUAAAUGUAAUUCAGUCAGAACAGAAUCAUUUAUUCGUGUAACAAUGCGAUGCGAAACGAAGCUUGAUCUGAAUAGUAGCCAAAAUGUUGAAUCUUAUCUUGAUAAAUUUAUCUUAUAAAUUUAGAUUACUCCUUGCAGAUUUUUAUCUACACCCCAGACGGUAUGGGAAUCUAUGACAUUAUGAUUUAUCAUAUUUUUCUCUAAAGAAUGAUUAUACUGUGCGAUAGUGUCAUUGUGCACCAAACGUGCAUGCUAUGUGUAUACUUUUAUGAAAAAUACAAAGAUGCACAGUUAUAAACUAACAACAGUUAGUACUUUUUUAAAGUCAUGUAAUGAAAAUUUGCACCCCUGAUGAAUAUCUAUCUUGUAAUAUACCUAAGUAUGUAAGUAAACAGACCGAAUAACUUUGAGUUACUAUACUACAUUCCAAGAAAAUAAAAUAAGCACAACUGUAAUAAGCAAGUUACCGCAGACUGCCAUGUGAAAUAACAUCACACUUGAAUAACAUACAUGCGUCAUUAUCAAAAAGUAGAUUUAAAUUACAUUCGUUGUUGAGUCUUAAUAACAGACUGAAACAUUGGACUAUGUAUCUGAGAUAUCCGAAAGCUUUUGUAUUUAUUGUAUAACACAUUCCGGCUGUAUUCUCCAUCCAAUUUUAUUUCACUAAUAUCAAAUUGUCAAGAGCACAGAUUCUAAUGUUACUUUAUUCUAAGAGCUGAUGUGAAAUAUACAUAUUAGUAUACAAAAAUGAAACAUAAAUUUAAACUCAUAUACAAUUUUUUCCGUGAAAAUAAGAUUCCCACGUAAGUAUACUUAGAGAAGGUAGCAAAAUCUUGACAGAUUUGGAAAAUUUGCUGACGUGUACCCAAAUUAACGAUAAUUUGUACGGCGCAUUUAAUGCUUAUGAAUUUCAUACAAAAAAAAUAUUAGUAAAAAUGUUAUAGAACUCAAACGUUUUUUAUAAUAAUGAUGCUAUGAACGCUAUACUUGGUAAUUUAAAACUGUUGAUCGACAGUUAAGAUAGGUAGCAAAAUAAUAUGAAAUGCAUUGAUGAUAUAUGUAUAUAUACAUAUGUAUAUAUAUAUUUACACAUUGAAUUUUAUUAAGUCAUCUGAGUUACUCGCAAUAUUAAAAAGUCUGUAUGAAUUAGAUGAAGCAGAAGAUUACAUGUUACCUCAAUUUUGUUAGUAUGUAUAUUUACUAUAUUACUUAAUAUUGUAACUAAACGUUGCACUGAAAGAUGGCAUCAAUAAUCCAUAAAUCAGUUUUCGUAGAACCUCAUUCUUGACAUUGGCUUCAUAAAAUGCUUUUGUCGCUAAUUCAAUUACAUGAAAUAUUUAUAAUUACUACAAGUUAGUUGAAUAUGUAAUGUUACAUAGGUAUAUAAAUCUAAUUUAUACAAGCCUUUUUCAUAAAAUGGUUAGACAUAAAAUAACUGCACGUUCACAAGCAAAUAAAUACACAAUGUAACCACUUUA